AUGCCUGAGACAGUGAAAGCACCGAAGAAGGGAUCCAAGAAGGCCGUUUCCAAGAGCGUGAGCAAGGGCGGUAAGAAGAGAAAGAGGACCAGGAAGGAGAGCUACGCCAUCUACGUCUACAAGGUCCUGAAGCAGGUGCACCCCGACACCGGAAUCUCCUCUAAGGCAAUGGGCAUCAUGAACUCCUUUGUUGGUGAUAUCUUUGAGCGCAUCGCCGGUGAAGCCUCUCGUCUGGCUCACUACAACAAGCGCUCCACCAUCACCUCCAGGGAGAUCCAGACCGCUGUCCGUCUGCUUUUGCCCGGGGAGCUGGCUAAGCACGCCGUGUCCGAGGGAACCAAAGCUGUGACCAAGUACACCAGCUCUAAGUAA